GGAAUAAACCGAUAACGUUUUUCUCCGCUACACCUCCUGCACACCGUGUGGUCUAAAAACACUUCAGGCUUUAAUUAUCGACAUGGCUGACAACAGAGACAAAUCUACCGACCAAAUGAAGAUAUGGAAGGAGAAUAGGAGCUCACAGAAAGCAGAUGUUCUGACCACAGGAGCCGGUCACCCCAUCGGGGACAAGCUGAACCUGCAGACGGCUGGACCCCGCGGUCCUCUCCUGGUCCAGGAUGUGGUCUUCACAGACGAGAUGGCCCACUUUGACCGGGAACGAAUCCCCGAGAGGGUGGUGCAUGCCAAAGGGGCAGGAGCGUUUGGUUACUUUGAGGUCACUCAUGACAUCACCCGCUACUCCAAGGCCAAGGUGUUUGAGCAUGUUGGCAAGACGACCCCCAUUGCUAUCCGUUUCUCCACCGUGGCUGGAGAGUCGGGCUCAGCCGACACCGUCCGGGACCCCAGAGGCUUUGCUGUCAAGUUUUACACCGAUGAGGGCAAUUGGGACCUGACGGGCAACAACACGCCCAUUUUCUUCAUCAGGGAUGCCCUGCUGUUUCCGUCCUUCAUUCAUUCCCAGAAGCGCAAUCCUCAAACCCACAUGAAGGACCCCGACAUGGUUUGGGACUUCUGGAGUCUGCGGCCCGAGAGUCUGCAUCAGGUGUCGUUCCUGUUCAGCGAUCGAGGUUUGCCCGACGGCUACCGUCACAUGAAUGGCUACGGCUCGCACACCUUCAAGCUGGUCAACGCCGGCGGCGACCGCUUUUACUGCAAGUUCCACUACAAGACUGAUCAAGGAAUAAAGAAUCUUUCCGUGGAGGAAGCUGAGCAUCUGGCCUCCACCAACCCAGAUUACGCCAUCGGAGAUCUGUUCAACGCAAUCGCAAACGGCAACUUCCCGUCCUGGACCUUCUACAUCCAAGUCAUGACCUUCGAACAGGCUGAGAGGUUCCAGUUCAACCCCUUCGACCUGACUAAGGUGUGGUCACACAAAGAGUUCCCCUUGAUCCCUGUGGGCAGACUGGUCCUCAACAGGAACCCGGUCAACUACUUUGCCGAGGUGGAGCAGCUGGCGUUCGACCCCAGCAACAUGCCGCCGGGCGUGGAGGCCAGCCCCGACAAGAUGCUGCAGGGCCGACUCUUCUCCUACCCCGAUACGCAUCGGCACCGGCUGGGGGCCAACUACCUGCAGAUCCCCGUCAACUGCCCCUUCAGAACCCGGGUGGCCAACUACCAGCGCGACGGUCCCAUGUGCAUGUUUGACAACCAAGGCGGCGCUCCCAACUACUAUCCGAACAGCUUCAGCGCUCCGGAGACGCAGCCUCGGUUUGUGGAGUCCAAGUUCAAAGUGUCUCCGGAUGUGGCCCGUUACAACAGUGAGGACGAGGACAACGUCACACAGGUUCGUGCCUUCUACACCAAAGUGCUGUGUGAAGACGAGCGCCAGAGACUUUGCCAGAAUAUGGCGGGAGCCUUGAAGGGAGCCCAGCUCUUCAUCCAGAAACGCAUGGUAGAGACCCUGAAGGCUGUUCAUCCAGACUAUGGGAACAGGGUCCAGACCCUCCUCAACAAGUAUAACGCAGAGGCCAAAAAGGAUGCGAGUGUGCGGGUCUACAGCCGUCCAGGAGCUUCGGCCGUCGCCGCUUCCUCCAAGAUGUGAUGCCUCCAGACUCCAGCAAGCUCAUUACUCAGAGAGCAGAAGGACUGGUGAAGACUAACCGCCUCCACCAGGAACCAGACUGAACCUGCCGACUGCUGACGAUGUUUAAAACCGGGUUUGCGUUAGUUCCUUUCUAAAUCCGUCAUUCUCAGCUGUUGAUUUUCCUGCAUCUGCAAUGAAAUCCUGAAGAACAAAUAUCAAACUGGGGUUUUGUUUCCUUUAACAAUACUUGACUUAAUGUGCCUUUGAAUGUUCUGUUUGAUUAACCUGAUAAUUAUGUACGUUAAUGGUUUAUUUUAAUACCAAAUGCCACAAGAGAACAUGAAGCCGUGAAUGUGUUGCCUUAAAUGUUUCCUGCAGAGGCGUCUGGUGGCUGCUUUGAUGUCGAGUCGAGGUUCGUGCAGGUUUAAGAGGGAAAACUAAAUGAUCAGUUUUGGUUUCAAUUACUCAUGUUUGACUGAAUUACUAAAUGUUAAUUAUAAAAUGAAAUUGUACUUUUUUUUUUUAAAUAUUAAAAACCGCACUUAAAAAUCUCUGAUA